AGCCGGCGGCGGUUGUUGUUCAGCGGCGGCGGCCGCAGCUCGGGUCGCAGCCUCUGGCCGUCCGGCCGCCCGCCCGCCCGCCCGCCGGCAGGUCCGCGCGCGGCCAUGGAGCUGGAGGUGCCGGACGAGGCGGAGAGCGCCGAGGCGGGGGCCGUGACCUCGGAGGCGGCCUGGGCGGCGGAGAGCGGUGCGGCAGCAGGUUCGGCCCAGAAGAAGACGACCCCAGCGGAGGCCCCGUUGAUGACUGGACAGCCGGGCCCUGGCCAUGGAAAGAAGCUGGGUCAUCGGAGUGUGGACGCGUCCGGCGAAACCACCUACAAGAAGACCACGUCCUCCACGCUGAAGGGGGCCGUCCAGCUGGGCAUCGGCUACACCGUGGGAAACCUGAGCUCCAAGCCGGAGCGCGACGUGCUCAUGCAGGACUUCUACGUGGUGGAGAGCAUCUUCUUCCCCAGUGAAGGCAGCAACCUCACCCCCGCCCAUCACUUCCAGGACUUCAGGUUCAAGACCUACGCGCCCGUCGCCUUCCGCUACUUCCGGGAACUCUUCGGGAUCCGGCCGGACGACUACUUGUACUCGCUGUGCAACGAGCCGCUCAUCGAGCUGUCCAACCCCGGCGCCAGCGGCUCCCUGUUCUACGUCAGCAGCGACGACGAGUUCAUCAUCAAGACGGUGAUGCACAAGGAGGCCGAGUUCCUGCAGAAGCUGCUGCCUGGCUACUACAUGAACCUGAACCAGAACCCGCGGACGUUGCUGCCCAAGUUCUACGGGCUGUACUGCGUGCAGUCGGGCGGCAAGAACAUCCGGGUGGUGGUGAUGAACAACGUGCUCCCGCGCGUGGUCAAGAUGCACCUCAAGUUCGACCUCAAGGGCUCCACGUACAAGCGGCGGGCCAGCAAGAAGGAGAAGGAGAAGAGCAUCCCCACCUACAAGGACCUGGACUUCAUGCAGGACAUGCCCGAGGGGCUCCUGCUGGAUGCCGACACCUUCUCCGCGCUCGUCAAGACGCUGCAGCGCGACUGCCUGGUGCUGGAGAGCUUCAAGAUCAUGGACUACAGCCUGCUGCUGGGCGUGCACAACAUCGACCAGCAGGAGCGUGAGCGGCAGGCCGAGGGCGCCCAGAGCACCGCCGACGAGAAGCGGCCGCUGGGCCAGAAGGCGCUCUACUCCACGGCCAUGGAGUCCAUCCAGGGCGGGGCCGCGCGCGGGGAGGCCAUUGAGACGGAUGACACGAUGGGCGGGAUCCCCGCCGUGAACGGCCGAGGGGAGCGGCUCCUGCUUCACAUCGGUAUCAUCGACAUCCUGCAGUCCUACAGGUUCAUCAAGAAGCUGGAACACACCUGGAAGGCUCUCGUCCACGAUGGGGACACCGUCUCCGUCCACCGGCCCAGCUUCUACGCAGAGCGCUUCUUCAAGUUCAUGAGCAACACGGUCUUCCGGAAGAACUCCUCCCUCAAGUCCUCGCCGUCCAAGAAGGGCCGCGGUGCCCUGCUGGCCGUCAAGCCCCUGGGGCCCACCGCCGCCUUCUCCGCCAGCCAGAUCCCCAGUGAGCGGGAGGACGCGCAGUACGAUCUGCGGGGGGCCCGCAGCUACCCGACACUGGAGGACGAAGGCCGGCCAGACCUCCUGCCCUGCACACCGCCUUCUUUUGAGGAGGCCACCACCGCCUCCAUCGCCACAACCCUGUCCUCCACGUCCCUCUCCAUCCCGGAGCGGUCCCCCUCGGAGACAUCGGAGCAGCCGCGGUACAGGCGGCGCACACAGUCCUCCGGACAGGAUGGCCGGCCGCAGGAGGAGGCGCACGCGGAGGAGGACCUGCAGCAGAUCACGGUGCAGGUGGAGCCCGCCUGCAGCGUGGAGAUCGUGGUCCCCAAGGAGGAGGAUGUGGGGGAGGGGGCGUCCCCGGCCUGUGCCUCUGCUGCUGUCGAAGCGGAAACCGCCAGCCAGGCCUCCGAGCCCGCCAGCCAGGCCUCGGACGAGGAGGACGCGCCCGCCACAGACAUCUACUUUCCCACCGAUGAGAGAAGCUGGGUGUACUCCCCGCUUCACUAUAGCGCGCAGGCCCAGCCCGCCUCCGACGGCGAGAGCAACACAUAAUCCCUGCGCGGUCACUGACCCGGAGCCGAGCGCCGGCUGCUGCCCCGGCCGCUUCCUGGAGGUGCCGCCCGCCCCGCUCGGCCCAGAGCCCGGGAGACGCCCGCCUGGCCGCCGGCCCUCGCCCUCGCCCUCGCCCUCCCCUCGACGCCGCUGCUGCCGCCCCUCGGCUGCAGAGCGAGCCGCCCGGGCACGCGCCUGGCCCCGGCCCCCCGGCAGCUCCCUGCGCCUCAUGCUGUGAAGACUCCUGAGUUUCCGAUCGAUCGUGUAUUUAUUUGGGGCCCUUGUUCUUUGCACAGACGUGGCGGCACACGCGUGUGUGUUUUUUU